AUGUCGCUGCCCCAACGACCGCUGCUUCCGCCCAGCUCAGGUGACUAAUCACUCCUAUCCAUCUCCACUCUUUGUCGGCUAUCCACCCACCUGGAUUAGAGACAAUUCCCUUGUGUGGCCGUGUCCAGUCUGUCCGUUUGCGUACACUUUCUCGGAUAUUGUUCCUGUCUGGACAACUGAUGUUCCUGAUGGUUUAUUACGAAAAGAGAGUGUAUAUCAGUGAGAGCAGUCAGGCGCAAUACACACAUCACAUCACAUACAAGCGCCGCGAGUCACUAAAAACAUAACUGUAGCGAAGAAGCAGCUUCUUCGCCGCUCUUCUUCUCGCCUUUCGCCUCCCACUCUUUCCGUCAGUUGAUCACAAGAGUGCUCUUCUCAUUCCUCUUCUCCUUCUUCUCCCCUUUUCAUUCUGCUUUCUCCUCUUCACAACUUCAUUUCGUUUCAGGAAUGGACGAGAAGACUCCGCGUCUCGGGGCUCCGUUCCCUUUCCUUUGCCCGACUUCCUCUCCGUCCUCUGCCGUCUUCCCACCUCUACAGAUAUUCCCGAACAACAUGCAGCAACAGUAUCAGUUCUUCCAACUCAUGCAGAUGGUCCAGCAACAACAUCAGCAGCAGCAGCAGCAGCAGCAGAGACUGAGCGCAGGAGCUUCGCCAGUCAACUCGGACCAGGCAUCAUCCCGGAGCGAGAGUCCUCAGGGCAAAAGUGAGUUCCUUCUAAUCCGGUACUUCAAAUUGACAUCCAUUUGUCAACAGUCAUUUUGGCCCCAAGUUGUUCGUUCUCCUGAUGACCUGUCAGUACCUACCAUCUGCACUUAUCCUGAAGACACAUUCUUCCUUCCAUUCGAAGGUGGUCAUUACACCGUGUUAAUCCCGUUCGAAACGAGCCUGAGAAUCGGAGCUUUCGUUUUGUUUCGCCCCUUCCCAUUCCCAUCGUAAAGCCCGGAAACAAUGAGGAGGUGUCUGCUGCUCGUUGUGGUACUAGAAGUGUUAUGACUGAUACCGUAACCCGCGCGACACCAAUUAGAAACCUACUAUCCGGUGCGCGGUAUCUACUCAGCAAAAACUAAAAGGGAGGGGUGUCUCCGUAGCGUCUAACUUCCGGUCACGACCCAUCGCACACGACCUCGUGUCACUUCUUCUUGGAAAUCUCCUUCGUUCCCUUCCGAUUCCAUGAUAUAUUUACGCUAUUAGAGUACACUUCUCUGCGCCCAAUGACACCAUUUACGAGGUGGGGAGGCGCAUGCCAAUAAUGGAACAAUACCCGGACAGAUAUGUCGGAUUUAUGGUCGAUGCAAAAGGUGUACGACACCAGGAUAAGCACGACUAGUUUCGUCUGUCUCUCCGGAUCAGAUCAACAAGGUGCGAAAUGAGACGGCACGCCACGUCACCAGUGUUUCCAUUCGACUGAAUCAGAAGAAAGAUAGUGAGACGAGGACGACGACGACUGUUUGGGGGCCGAGGAGUGUACAUAAUUUCGUGCAAGUUUCUCAUGUCACUCCGUCGCCGCUCAGUCACUAUUGUUAUUUAAAUCAACAUUCGCAUAGACGCACAGACCGGCUGUCCUUCCUUCCUUCCCAUCACCUCCUCUUCUCCUCUUCUACAUGACUUACAGUACCUCGUAAAUGAAAAUGUUGCCGUGUGUAUCAAGUCGUAAAAUUGAACACACGCGAGUCGAGUCGCGAGUCGUAAUUCAAAGUCACCACAGCACAGCCCCCCGCUCGCCAGAACAUGAGGACAGCAUUAUGAGGAGAAAAACGAGGUGGGGUAGGACCGGAACCAGGUGCAAAGUUCGAGGACGCCGACCGCUUCGUCAUCGGUUCUUUUAGGGAACACCGCACUUUUUGAAGUUUUGUUGAGUGGGUUGCGCAACGGAUUCGGGUUGGAUUGCGUGGUAGAGACACCGAAAGAGAGACCGAAAAGCAUGAGGACUUUCCGACGAUGAGCUGGGAGGGAUUAGGGAACGGACAGGUGUUGUUCUGAGGUGGUAUCACUUCUCGGGACACUCUGUCACAGUCAAGAAAGAUGCUGCAGGUGUGGACAUCCUCUCAGAACUGAUUUGACUUCUCCUAACUGCCAGAUACAGCUGGAUGCAGUCAAUAGUUCCAUCUUGAUGGUCUCCGGGUCGAAUCUCAAAAACGGCUCUCUUUAUUUCUCGUCUUCUACUCGAGAAAGUGUAUGCUUUUGUGCGCCCACAGUUGAUAUAUUAUGCGCGAACGAGUCCCUCCCGUCACUGCGCAUUUCCACGUCCCCAGGGUUUUUUGGGCGGCGACUUCAAAACGAGCCACAUUUCAAUUAGGAAGGAAGGCCUAGCCAGAAGCCAAAGUUGGCGUGUCAGAAGCUGGUGUUGGUAACAAAAAAGAAGUGUUUUAUUAGUGGACUGGGAAAAUGUAGAGCCAUGCUGUUGAAAUAUGAGUGACUUGAGAGCCCGCCGCCUGGCUCCGUAACUCUUUUGCGCCCAUUUAUUUCGAAUAUAUUCAAUUUGGUUUCUUCAGAGGGAUUCUCCAUUUGUUGGGGGUCAGAUUAGCAUCGGUGCGGGAAGUGUCACCUGCCAAACGGCCCGAUAUUUUGUAUAAACGGAGCCAUAAAACGUUGAGAGAGCCCCGCGAGCACAUCUGGCUUUUGUUGUCUUCCAUUCAUUGUGAGCCUUGAGAAGCGAAGAGGAAGAAGAAGAAGAUCUCAUUUGACACAUACAUAAACAUGCUUCUUUGGGCUGUGAAGAAAAGCAAUUUAGUGGCGAUAAACUUUGCAAUAAAACCAUCUCCUUGGCCGGGGGACCCGCAGUGUUUGCUGCCUCUUCUCCUCCUGAUGAUUGACAAUGAGAAGGCAAACAGGACGACGACGACGUCGAGUCUUCUGGAGGAAACCAAUAUAACCUCCCUUCUUUUCUUCUCAAAAUUAUCUGAGCUCUGAGGGACCACACGCUGUUUUAUGACUUGGCGGUGCAUGUGGUAAAAUGAGAGGAGCACCAGCAAGUGUAAUGAUAAUCUGACACGACUCCAGAUGCACAAGAGUUACGACAUAGUAAUAGGGAGGUCGUGAAGACAAACAAACAAGUCGUAGGGGAUCCUUCCUUCCUUCCGAUCACUGCCUAAUUGAGUGAUCUCUAUCGGCCCGCCGGAUCUGCUUUGUUUCUUUUUGAUAAGCAUCUGCGAGAGCUCAUCGCACUGUUUAUGAGUGCAGUCAGAACCGAGUGAUAAAUGCGAGAGAGUAGUCGCCAGCAGAUGGAUGAAAGGCGGCACCGCCACACAGUUUGGCGUCAUGAUUAAUUGGCGAAUGGCGGCCGGAGACACCUCCUGUCGACUCAUUAAUUGGCUCACUCUCCUCUCGCUUUGAUUCGAAUUCGAUUCUGGGGACGACGCUGACGAACACGGCGCAAUCGUAAAUUAGCAUAAGUACACAUACCUUGGGAAACGCACCCCCUCUGAAGUUGCCGCCGGCGAUCCGAAUAUGAUUAACUAUGUGGUUGGGCAAUAAAACAAGGCGGGGGAUGUUUGCUAACAAGAAGAGAUUAGUGAAUGAGAAGGUCGUCUUUUGUAGAAUUGAUUCUCGAUGAGGACGGAUGCGCAACGUGCUCGGUUUGCACGGAGAAAGUUCCCGAAGCGCAGUGGAACGAGCACAUUGAUCUGGAAAAGGAACGACUCAUCAACCAUAUCACUUCGUAAGAUUCAGAAGACAAAACGGAAAUGAUGGGGAAUUGUGUUUCAGGACGAAAGAGCGAAAAGAUAGGGAGAACACUCCGGAACAGUGCGAUCAGACACGAAAAAGAUUGCAAGAGCUGCAGAGAAUCAGAAGCAACCAGAACAAGAGACAGUCAUGUAGGUGUCAGCCGUCUGAACAAGUAUCCCAAUGUGUCCACUUUCAGUGAAGAGGGGAUCGGUCAUGGUCCGUGACUGUCUGACCCCAUUCAGCAGGCAAUCCAACGAUGAGACUGGAUCCAGCGAGUCCCCUGACAUGAAGAAGGACGACGAGUUCUUCAUGAAGUGCACCACCUGCCACGUGAGUCCCUCCGACUCCUCGUCCCCUAAUCCGGUCCUUUUCAGCAGCCGUGUGCCUAUGCCAUAGUCAUGUCAGCUUUCGACCGUCCGAAAUGCCAAAUGUGCUUCGAUCUCGUGAGAGCCGCCGUCCUCGUUUCUUCGGUACGUUCUCUGUUUUUGGGUCGACAGGUGGCCACGGCGGCACGCGAUAAAAAGACGCUUCGUGCUAAUGAGGUUGUGUAAUAUAAAGAGGGGGAUUGGUUACAGUAAGAGGAAUGAUGAAGAGGGUUGACACUUGUGAUGUGCACCUUCGCACCGUCGAAUUCAAAUAGGAAGGGCAGAAGGGGAAAGCGGAAGAAAGUGAAAUAAGAAGAGGGAUUGCAGGCAAGUCCGGAGUCGUCGACGAUCAAGGAAGAGCCGGACCACGACAGUCCGCCAGUCUGCAAGAAAAUGAAGAUCGAAGACUUGAUCGACAUGAGUGCUUGA